GACUGGAACAUAAGAUGUGAUGUCUGUGGCAAUGCCUCUCAUUCUGCCUCACCACACACGCUGCCAGCACAAGCCUGUCUCUCGGUGGUCCCGUGAGGCUAUGGCUGUGGGGCUGUUAGUGACAAUAUGAGGUUCACGAAGCUGCAAGCGGCUGGCUGUGCGCGUUCAUGGCCAGAGGGCGGUCUGCGGAUGGAGGGCGGCCCGCGGGGCCACUUUCGUUUUCCAUUCCCCGCCGGGCCUCGGUGCCUUUUGUGUGCGGGGCCGGGCGGCGGCUGGCGGGGCCGAGCCAUGACGGCGGAGGAGAAGCGGGGCCUGCAGUGCUACCGGCGGUACAUCGAGCGGAGCCUCAACCCCGUCUACGUGCUGGGCAACAUGGCGGACUGGCUGCCCGACGAGCUGCGGGAGAGGAUCCGCAAGGAGGAGGAGAGGGGGGUGAGCGGCGCCGCCGCGCUCUUUCUGGACGCCGUCCUGCAGCUGGAGGCCCGCGGCUGGUUCCGAGGGAUGCUGGACGCAAUGCUGGCCGCAGGUUACACAGGACUUGCAGAAGCGAUUGAGAACUGGGACUUCAGCAAACUGGAAAAACUGGAGUUACACAGACAGCUGUUGAAGCGGAUAGAGGCAACAAUGUUAGAAGUCGACCCAGUAGUGCUCAUUCCCUACAUAAACACCUGCCUGAUAGACAGGGAGUGCGAAGAGAUUCAGCAGAUUAGUGAAAGCAGAAGCAAAGCAGCAGGCAUAACUAAACUCAUUGAAUGUCUCUGUCGGUCGGAUAAGGAGCACUGGCCAAAAAGCCUUCAGCUGGCACUAGAUAACACAGGAUAUUACCGUGCAAGUGAACUGUGGGGUAUGAGAGAAGAUAAUGCCAAAGAUGUUGACAGUGAAAUGACAGAUGCCUCUGAGGACUGCCUUGAAACCAGCAUGACAUAUUCUGAAGAAGCAGAACCUGAUGAUAAUCUCAGUGAAAAUCUUGGUUCAGAUGCAGGAAUUGGCAAGCCUCCACCUGUCUAUGAAGCAAAGAAGGCUCGGAGCUACCAGAUUGAACUUGCACAGCCUGCUAUCAAUGGGAAAAAUGCUUUAAUAUGUGCCCCUACUGGAUCUGGAAAAACUUUCGUCGCGCUUCUGGUUUGUGAACACCAUUUCCAAAACAUGCCUGCAGGACGAAAGGGGAAAGUUGUAUUUCUUGCAACAAAAGUCCCAGUGUAUGAACAACAGAAAAAUGUCUUCAAGCAGCAUUUUGAAAGACAAGGAUAUUCCAUUCAAGGAGUUAGUGGUGAAAAUUUUUCAAAUGUCUCUGUAGAAAAUGUUAUAGAGGACAAUGACAUCAUCGUACUGACACCCCAGAUCCUGGUGAAUAGCUUCGAGGAUGGGACCCUUACCUCCCUCUCUGUUUUCACUCUGAUGAUAUUUGAUGAGUGCCACAACACUACAGGCAACCACCCUUACAAUGUGUUAAUGACCAGGUAUCUGGAGCAGAAAUUUAACUCCUCUGCAAGUCAGCUGCCACAGAUUUUAGGUUUGACUGCUUCUGUUGGAGUUGGUAAUGCCAAGAACAUUGAGGAAACAAUAGAGCACAUCUGUAGUCUCUGCUCCUACCUUGACAUACAGGCCAUAUCCACUGUCAGAGAGAACAUACAAGACCUGCAAAGGUUCAUGAACAAGCCAGAAAUAGAUGUCAGAUUGGUUAAGAGGCGAGUUCACAAUCACUUUGCAGUCAUUAUCUCAGAUUUGAUGUCCGAGACAGAGGCACUGAUGAGGAAGAUUUACUCAGUGGAUACUGUCUCCCAAAACAGCAGGAAAGAUUUUGGAACACAGAAAUAUGAACACUGGAUAGUUGUCACUCAGAGGAAAUGCAGACUGUUGCAACUAGAAGACAAAGAGGAGGAGAGCAGGAUAUGUAGAGCCCUUUUCAUUUGCACAGAACACCUGCGGAAAUACAACGAUGCCCUUAUCAUCAGUGAAGAUGCCCGCAUCAUAGAUGCUCUAUCCUACCUGACUGAGUUUUUCACAAAUGUCAAGAAUGGACCAUACACAGAAUUAGAACAGCACCUGACAGCCAAAUUUCAAGAGAAAGAACCAGAACUGACUGCCCUUUCAAAAGAUGAAACAAAUGAGAAUCCUAAACUGGAAGAGCUUGCCUGCAUCCUGGAUGAUGCAUACCGCUAUAACCCACAGACUCGCACUCUUCUCUUUGCUAAGACAAGAGCCUUAGUAGCUGCUUUGAAGAAGUGUAUGGAGGAAAACCCUGUCCUUAGCUACAUAAAGCCAGAUGUUUUGAUGGGGCGCGGAAGAAGAGAUCAAAAAGCAGGUAUGACCCUCCCAAGCCAGAAGGGUGUACUGGAUGCGUUCAAAACCAGCAAGGACAGCAGGCUGCUCAUUGCUACAUCCGUUGCUGAUGAAGGCAUUGAUAUUGCCCAGUGCAACCUUGUUGUGCUCUAUGAAUACUCCGGUAAUGUGACCAAAAUGAUCCAAGUCAGAGGUCGUGGAAGGGCAGCAGACAGCAAGUGCAUCCUUGUGACAAGCAAAACAGAAGUGGUUGAGAAUGAAAAAUGCAACCGUUAUAAGGAAGAAAUGAUGAAUAAAGCUAUUGAAAAGCUCCAGGAAUGGGAUGAAGAAACAUUUGCAAAAAAGAUAUAUAACCUGCAAAUGAAGGAAAAGGUGUUACGAGAUUCCAGGAAGAAAGAAAUAAAACCUAAAGUAGUGGAAGGCCAAAAGAACCUCCUGUGUGGAAAAUGCAAAGCGUAUGCCUGCAGUACAGAUGACAUCAGAAUUAUAAAGGAAUCUCAUCACAUUGUCCUAGGAGAAGCAUUCAAGGAGCGUUAUAUAACAAAGCCUCAUAAGAAACCAAUGCAGUUUGAUGGUUUUGAGAAAAAAAGCAAGAUGCAUUGCCGAAAUAAUAAUUGCCAGCAUGACUGGGGAAUCACAGUGAAGUACCUGACAUUUGACAAUCUACCCGUGAUCAAAAUCAAAAGCUUCGUAGUGCAGAGUGCUGCAACCGGGACACAAAUGGACUUUCAGAAAUGGAAAAGUAUUAAUUCUUCUUUGAAGAAUUUUGAUGUUGAAGAAAUGUCCAACUUGUACCCACCAUUUUAGUGCAUCUAUUACUUUCCUACACUAAUGUGAAAGAGUGGAUGAUCUCCUCUUUCCUUGUAUAAAAAAUACUUGUUCUUUAUACUGUGUGCGCUAGGCACCUGAACGGCAUCUGGCUAGAUUACAAAGGGCUGGUAUGGCCAACAAAAAACAAACCCGAAAAGUAAUCUUAUUAAAAGUUCCACCAGAACUUUUAAAGUAAGCAUGGACCAACAUAUGCCUAAGUAUCUAAUCUUAAUCUUUACUGAUUUUAUUAAAAAAGUAGCAUUUUUCUAUCAUGGCAUAUUUGUCAGUUUGCUAUGGCUGAAGUUGCAGAACGGAUACCUUUCUAUGUGUUGCUUACCUUAAUGAGCUGCAAGGGAGACAAGGCAGUGCCCUGUAAGAUUGGUGAAGGCUUAAGUUAGAUGGUGAUGAGCAUUUACCCUGAUGUUUUGCCUCAUGGGUUGGUAUUUGAAAUCUCUCACAAUGUUGAUAUUAACUCUACAGGUGCCCUGUCAGAGCUGAGUUAGAAUCAGAACUGAAUCUAAACAUCAGAGUGUUUAAAUCCCUUCUCCCCACCUAGACCCCAGACUUAUCUAAGAAAAAACAGAAGUUCCUACAGAUGCAAUUAUGAAAGGUGAUGUUAAGAUUGUAAACUAUAAAGCACUUUAUUCUACAUGAUACCUUCAAAGAGCUUAAUCUUCAAAGUUUUUGGAACUAAGAUGAAAUGUAGUUUCCUUUCUGUAUUUAGUAGUGCAGUAAAGUAUUACAUAGAAGAGUUAUGCAUUUAAUUAAACGCUUGAACUCUGAAGCAGAAAGCACCUUGAAUGAUAAACUAAGAGUGAAAAAUGUUUUGUAAACUACUUAAGUCCUAGUCAGUGAGACUUGGGAUGGUCUUCUAAACAUUGUCACAGGGCAUUAAAAGCAAAAAAAACUUUUUAAGUGAUGCUUUGUGUUCUAUCCUGGUCCAUGCCUUUUAUUGUGAAAGCUGUAUAGCACCACACAUAGUGCCUGCACUUCAGUCCUACAAUGGUUUAUUCUGGAUAUAGCUUUUACCUAGUAAAUGUCCUGUUCAUAUAGCUGUUUCUAAAAGGAAACAUGGAACAAUGAAUAAAGAUGACAUUGUUGGAUAUACCGCCCCUCCAAAAAUACUAGAAACAAAGAACUGGAAAAAGGCUGGCCUUUGAGAGUAUCUGAUUUAUUUAUUUUUUUUUAACUGAACCCAGAGUUGCAUAUUUAUUACCAAAAAACAUUCAUGCUUAUGACCACAUUAACAGCUCUCAAGAUGCUCCACAGAAUGGCUUAGGUUCGAAGGAAUCUCUGUGGGACAUCUAGUCCUCUGCUCAAGCAGGGACAGGUAGAGCAGGUUGCCCAGGACCACAUUCACAUGGCUUUUGAAUACCGCUGAGGAUGGAGAAUCCACAACCUCUUGGGGCAACCUGUGACAGUACCCAGUCAUCCUCACAGUGAGAAAGUGUUUCCAGAUGUUCAGAGGGAACCUCCUGUUUCCCUUUGUGCCCAUUGCCUCUUGCCCUGUUGCUGCACACACUGAAAAAAGCCUGGGUCCACCUUCUUUACACCUUCCCCUUGGGUAUUCGUACACACAAAUAGCUGAGGUGCCCCUAAGCCUCCUCUUCUCUAGGCCACACCGUCCCAGGAUUUUAACCUUCCCUUCUACCAGGGAGUCCAGAACUGGACAUAGUACCCCAGAGGUGGCCUCAGCAGUGCUGUUUGUUGUAAUCAAGCAACAUUUGGCUAUUGCAGGUACAGUGCACUCUCUAUCCUCCAUCUAAGACUCUUGCUUUCUUUCAGAACUAAUUUCACUGUUUUUUUUCCUCAGAUACAGUUGGAGCUAAGCACACUGAAAAUACAACAGGAGAUUAUAAUAAAUUUUCCACGGUGUUAUUUUAGCAGUUGGUCUAAACACAGUUAAGAGUAAGUGCUUUAUUAACCCUGUUUAUCUCUGAGUUAUCUGUUAUCUCUGUAAAUAAGUACACGUGUUUUGGGGAUUGGGCAGCCACUGCCUUCAAUGAAUGUAUUACUGUAAUCACUGGUUGGUAACUGCCAUAAAAUUGCUGACAUUAAUC